GGUGAAGACCUCCACAGUUACUGAGCACUGCACUCGCUCUUUGAACUGAUCUUCAUUUUCAACACGCCCUAAAGCCUGCGCCUUUGUUCUCUCUAGAGCUCAACCGGGACCUCUGAAGUCCUGGGCAUUGAUUCCCUCACCAGCUUGGGUGGCAGUCUGGAAUCACCAUAGCUGAUGAGGAUCUACUGACUUGACCAGUUUUGUUCCAAUUUUUACUUUUGACAAGAUGAAUUGGCCCAGACAUAUUUGAUCGUAUAUGAGACACAUUCUUGCAAGUGGCGAAAUGGCUAACGGAAAGAAUGUCGGAAAGGGCCGAUGAUGACGUCAGGGGGGAGCAGCAGCAGCAGCAGCGCAGAGCGGCCAGGCAGCUGAAGCAGCGGGGAGAAGCCUCCACAGCAAUGGCGACUGUUGCGGAGCGCAGAUCCCUGCCUAGUCCUGAAAUAAUGCUGGGACAGCCUUGGAGCAGCUGGGUCGAUGCUGUGAAACUCUACGGGAGCGACGGUACAGAAUUGGAGGAAAGUUUGAAAGAGUGCGGGAAAAAUCGCGAAGCCAUGAGACUCUGCAGAGACGACAUGCCCAUCUUUGGCCAAUGUCCUGCCCAGGAUGACUUCUACCUGGUCAUGUGCAGCCACUGCAGUCAGGUAGUCAAACCCCAGGCCUUCCAAGCACACUACGAGAGAAGACACGGCUCCAGCAGCAAGCCCCCAUCCAGCUAUGCCGUCUCUGCUGCGUUUGCAAACUCUCGAAAUAAGGGCAGCCUUGGGGGUGGAGUCGGGGUCGGGACUGUUAGUGGUAGUACACUUGCACGCCCAGCCAGUGCAAACAGCAGCGCCCCCACUAAAAUCUUCAAAUCAACCAAAGAGAAGCUGCCUCACCGGAAGCCUCACUUCCCCUAUAGGGUGCCGCAAGAAGAGAGCCCAAUCCCUGUAGUCAAAGGUCCAGAGAAAGGUCUAGAGAAGGUCCAUUUGAAGGUGGAUUCUUCACCCAAACUCCCCCACGUGCCCACCUCUUCUUCCUUCAAUACUGUGAGCACCUCUCCCUUGAAGUCAGGCCUUAACUUCCCCUCCAUACCAAAGGCUCCACAGCUGGCCCCUGGUCAGAUCCCCAAUGGAAAGGGCCACCUCUCGUCCCAAGACAAGAAACAGGACAGCAGCAGUGCCAGUAGCAGAAGACCCUUGUACAAGAGAAAAGAGCGAGAGUUUAAUCCAGAUGUCCAUUGUGGGGUUAUGGAUAUGACAGCACGUAAGCCAUGCACAAGAUCCUUAACAUGCAAGACACAUUCCAUAAGCCAGAGGAGGGCGGUGCUCGGGCGACGGCAACGCUUUGACACGCUUCUCGCUGAGCACAAGAGCAAAGCGCGCGACAAGGAGCUGCAGUUCAGGUUGGACCCUUCACACCCAGCACCCCCUCUCAGGGACCCUCACCCUCCCCCCUCCCGCAUCUCACAAGACCCUCACCCAGUCUCCCAUGGCAAUGGCACUGCCGAUGCCACUAAGCCUUUGCCCCACAGCAAACCCAAACCUCAUAAUUCUGGGCUUCCACGACUCAACAGCAGUAACUCUCACAGUGGAGGAGACCCAGCCAUGGCCCACGACCAGGCCCACCAUUCUCACCCAGCCCCUUUUGGCACAGAGACCAGCCGCCUCUCCAGUGACGAGGGGGAGAACGAGGAGAGAGAGGAGGGCACAGAGAAACUGGACUGCCAUUAUUCAGGUUACCACCCACGACCAGCUGCUUUCUGCACUUUUGGAAGUCGAUUGUACGGUAGAGGUUGUUAUGCGUUCGACCGGCGCUGGGAUCAAGUACGGUGUGCUCUCACCACCAUGUUGGACAAGCAUGUCAACUCACAAUUGUGGAAGAAAAUCCCUCUAGCGUUAGAGAACUCGGCAACAACACCGACAACCUCUCACCGGACAAGCACAAACUCCCAUUCUUCCUCAUCCUCCUCCAUUUCUGCAGGGUUUCUCAGCUUGUCCUCACCACCGCCUUAUGACAGCAAGCCAGUCCUGUCAUAUGGCACCACCCUGAACGCCCGCUCUUCUCCACAAGCCUCCGCCACUGAGCAGCCCGCCUACAGUGGCACUUCUAGACAAGUGUCAGCCUCAUCACCCCAGAUGCCUUCAGCCCACUCGUCCUCGCUACCCUCGUUGGGCUCCAAUCGACCCCUUAAAUCCCGAUCUGGUACAAAGUCCUUUAAGGCUCGGGAGCCAUCCUCCAGCCUAAGUAACUCUAUCAUCAAGGGCAGUACUAACAGCAGUGCUAGCAUCAGCGGUAGUCUCAGUUCAGGCAAGAAGCGGAAAAAUAGUUCCCUGCUUACCACCCAUAGCACUUACACCUCUGACUCUUUCUCAUCCUCAUCUUUUAAGAAGAACUGUGCGGUAAACUCGGGCAGCCUUGGCAGCGCCUACCACACCUCGCUUGCCUCCACCCCCUCUUCAUCUUCAUCGUCAUCAACGUUGUCGUCAUCCCACAGCGGGGUUUACAGCGUGGGGGUGAAUUGCACCCCAGGCAGGGCCAACUCUUUGAGCUUGAGGCAGGAGUCGACAGGACGUGGCCCUCCCUCAGGCAGCCCAGCCGAGUCCAUUAAACGCAUGAGCGUAGUGAUGAACAGCAGUGACUCCACCCUCUCCCUCGGGCCAUUUGUUCACCAGAGCAGCGAUCAUCAUGCAGAUUCACGUCUGGAAGCCAAAAGGAGGAAGGGCUCACCUGGCUCUAGUAGCCUUAACAGCACAGUGUCUGGAGCAGGAGGGGGAGGAGGACAAGGUCCUGGCAGGACCAAAAUGGCCAAGUCUCCAUCAAUCAACAACAUCCACAGCAAGCACGCUCGCUCUAUACCUGGACCACCAGGGCUCCCUAACAAUUCACACAUACAUCAGCCAAAGGCUCGUCCCUGACACAGGUGAGGAGGCUCUGAGCAUGCUGAGCAGUAGGCUGGACCCAGAGCUCCCUCAGCCCCCUCAUGUCACUCUGCACGAGGCCUUCUUUUUCUCUUACUCUUCCCACAAUCCUCAGGGUGGAAUGCACACUGGGUGGCCCAUUGAUGUCCUUCGUGAGGAUUUCCUCCCAAAGCCAUGCAGGGGCACUCUCCGGGGAUAGGAUAAUAAGCCAGAGAGAUAUAGUUCUUCUGUCGGAGGUUAUAAUGAAUCUAUACAAUGCACCAUUGGGUACAAAGCCUGCUUCGUAGAUCAUGAGCUGCCCAGCCUGAGCACUUGCAGUACUUGGAAGGUACAGAUUUGGGCUGGUGUGUAGCCUCGCCAACACUACCAAGCAUAGGAGGGAUGUGUGACGUGAACAAGAUGAGUUGCUUUACCGAUAUCCUUCGGUAUGUUAGCUUGAAGGUGUGGACAUACGAGAACAUACUGGACAUACUGGAAACUGUAAUCCUACUCAGCCUUGGAGGAAGUGUACAGGAGAGGAACAUCCCUAAAGUAGACACAGUGUCAACUUAAGUUAGUCAUACACAUGAUCUCUCACUGGAAGGCUGUAUUAGAUUGAGCUACACUCACUGCAGAUAGACAUGACAGGAGUGGAGUUUCAACAUGAGCAACCUAAACUUAAAGAUUAUGCAAACUAGACUUUUUUUUUUAGACCACAUUUUGUUUACAGGUUAGCAAA